CUCACCGUCCACCCAAAAUAUACACAAGAAAGAGAAAGAGGAGAGAGAAAGAGAAAGAGAAAGAGAGGCUUUGUAACAAAGGCUGUAUCUGCGUAUUAUAUGAUUAACAAUGAAGAAAAGCCAUUAAAGCUGUGUACGCCUUCCUCCCCCUAUCAUCAUAAUCGCACAUGGAAAUCUCAUUCCUCAACCACAUCAAUCUCACGUAAUCCAUUCUAGGGUUUUAUGUUUAACCAAACUACCUGUAGAUCUGCCUUUUCGUCCAUCCCGAUUUUCAUUUCUACGUUUUUUUCUGAUUCAAACAGGGAUUUGGUUAAGGGGAUUGAUCUGCAUGCUCGAGAAUCGAUUGAUUUCCAGAUUUAUCUGAUCUGAACCGGACUUCUAUUUGAAAACGCUUCAAAUCUCGCUUCAAUUCGAAGUUUCCCUCAUUUUUAGCCUUUCUCUGUAACUAAACCUCAAAGAAAAGUUGGCUCCCCAACGCAGAUUACAGCGCCACAUGGGCGGCCAGAUGCAACAGAGAAAUGCUUCUGCAACUUCUCUGUAUGAUCAAUCUGCAGAUGGUGGGUCCCAUCACAAUGCAGGUUCUGCUAACGAUGCUGGAGAUGCUGUAAUGGCAAGAUGGCUCCAGUCUGCAGGUCUACAGCAUCUGGCCUCACCUGUGGCAUCAAAUGGGAUUGAUCAACGCCUCCUACCCAAUCUCCUCAUGCAGGGGUAUGGAGCACAAUCUGCUGAAGAAAAGCAAAGGCUUUUUAAAUUAAUGAGGAACCUUAAUUUCAAUGGUGAAUCUGGUUCUGAGCCUUUCUCUCCAACAACUCAAGGCUCUGGAGGAAUUGGUGCAUCAGAUGGUUUUUAUUCUCCGGAUUUCAGGGGUGAUUUUGGUGCAGGGCUAUUGGAUUUACAUGCUAUGGAUGACACUGAGCUUCUUACAGAGAAUGUUGACUCAGAACCAUUUGAGCAAUCACCUUUUAUGCCUGCUGUUACUAAAGCAGUCGAAAAUGACCAAGAUACCCUUCCAUACCGCCAACAAAGAGGACAAACAGAUGUAGAUGCUUCUUUUGGAUUACCAACACUUGAAAAAGAAAUCAGCUCAAGGGAAAAUAAUGUGGCCAAGAUUAAAGUUGUGGUGCGCAAAAGACCACUGAAUAAGAAGGAACUUUCUCGCAAGGAGGAUGAUGUUGUGAGUGUAUGUGACAACAGUCUAACUGUUCAUGAACCCAAACUUAAGGUUGACCUUACUGCUUAUGUUGAAAGGCAUGAGUUCUGUUUUGAUGCUGUUCUCGAUCAGCAAGUAACCAAUGAUGAGGUAUAUCGUGAAACUGUACAGCCGAUCAUUCCUAUCAUAUUUCAGCGAACAAAAGCAACUUGUUUUGCUUAUGGCCAGACAGGAAGUGGAAAGACAUACACAAUGCAACCAUUACCUCUUAGAGCUGCAGAAGAUCUUGUUAGAUUAUUACAUCAGCCAGCAUAUCGUAAUCAAAAGUUCAAAUUAUGGCUAAGUUAUUUUGAAAUUUAUGGUGGAAAACUCUACGAUCUACUAAGCGAUAGAAAGAAACUUUGCAUGAGAGAAGAUGGAAGACAACAGGUUUGCAUAGUUGGAUUGCAAGAAUUUGAAGUUUUGGAUGUACAAAUUGUUAAAGAAUACAUUGAAAAAGGGAAUUCAGCUAGAAGUACUGGUUCUACUGGAGCUAAUGAGGAGUCUUCAAGAUCACAUGCUAUAUUACAACUAGUUAUUAAAAAGCACAAUGAGGUAAAAGAUACGCGAAGGAAUAAUUAUAAUAAUAAUAAUGAUGGAAAUGAAAAGGGUGGGAAAGUUGUUGGAAAAAUCUCCUUUAUUGAUCUUGCUGGCAGUGAAAGAGGUGCUGAUACUACCGAUAAUGACCGACAAACACGGAUUGAAGGAGCUGAAAUCAAUAAGAGUCUUUUGGCUCUGAAGGAGUGCAUUCGUGCACUUGAUAAUGAUCAGCUUCAUAUCCCAUUUCGUGGGAGCAAACUGACUGAAGUUCUUCGCGAUUCGUUUGUUGGAAACUCAAGGACUGUUAUGAUAUCUUGCAUUUCACCAAAUGCUGGUUCUUGUGAACACACUCUCAAUACCUUGAGAUAUGCUGAUAGAGUUAAAAGCCUUUCAAAAGGUUCAAAAAAAGAUCAAGCUGGAAGCUCACAAACAACUACAAAAGACUCUUCAUCAGCAAACACACUAAGCCUCUCUGACAAUGAAGACACAAAAAUAGUAUUUACAGAUACAGGUAAUCGAAGAGGCGCACAGCCACAACGAGACAGCAUCUCUUCAGAUUUCGAUAAACAACAACCUCUUCCUCCAUCAUCCUCAAAUUACACCCGCGAUGACACAUGGCAGCAGGCUUCUGGUUUCGAAAAGGAAAGAAACGCGUAUUUGACUUCAAAUGAUACAGAAGAAACAACAGUCCAAAAAGUGUCGCCCCCUCGAAGAAAAAGUGGUGUUAAUUGGCAGAAGAAGGAUAGUAGUGAUGUUUUCUCAAGUGUGGGUAGUAAACAACCCAGUUAUAUGAUGACAUCAUCAAAACAAACCGAAGUUGAACAGCCUCAUGACGAAAAUAUCAAUGAAAUACUCGAGGAAGAAGAAGCUUUAAUUGCGGCGCACAGGAAAGAGAUUGAAGAUACAAUGGAAAUAGUCCGUGAAGAAAUGAAACUGCUGGCAGAAGUUGAUAAACCAGGAAGCCUUAUCGACAACUACGUGACUCAGUUAAGUUUCGUGCUGUCACGCAAAGCAGCAAGCCUUGUGAGCCUCCAAGCUCGCCUCGCCAGGUUCCAGCAUCGCCUCAAGGAGCAGGAGAUUCUCAGCCGUAAGAGGCUACCUCGCUAAUACCCACACCCCACUCCACUCUCUCUCUCUCUCUCAUGUGCAAAAAAGACGUAAAUGUCCUCAAUCAGCCUGAUCGUUUUCAUUGUAGGAAUCAAACGAGAGUGGAUUGUGAUGUGAGUGUGGAGACUUGAAAUGAUUGCAUUUGGUUUUGGUUUUGGUUUUGGUUGGUUAAGUUUUGAUUUGAAUGAAUGGUGUUUUUGUGAAGAAGUGGAAAAAAAAAAGAAAGAGAAAAACACAAGGUAUUGCUUGCUGCUCUGCUGGUUUGGUUUUUUACUUUUUAUAUAUAUGUAAUGCUGAAUUACACCUUCCUACACCAUGAAACUUAUUAUAAUUAUUAUUUCAUAUUAUGUAUAGGGCUAAAUGCAAGAAAUAGCAAUGUACUUUUCACCUUCA